ACCUUAAUUUUACACUCCGGAAGUCACGUUUACGUCAGUGAACAAAAUUCAAAAUGUUUUCAUCGCAAGGAUAUGAUGCUCACGGUAGCUUUGGGAUGGAACCAAUGACAAUGGGGUCCCCCACAAGUCCUACCUCUCCCCACCAAUCACAAUUUUUACCAAGCUUUUUGAUGGGAGAAUCCAUACAUCACAGUCCAGGUCCACAACACUGGUCCACUUCAAGUCCCCAAUCCUCAACUCAGAGAGGGUCUUCAGUUACUUCUCCUACAAGUCUACACACUGGAUCAAGGCCCAGGGCAGAAGUGUUGAGACCAAAAGAGAGAGUUGGAGCUCCUCCAAUCAAAGGACUCAUGACAAGUCCAACAAGUGCUUUGUCUGGUUCAUUUCAUGCACCCCACACACCUCAUCAUGAUCACAGUUUACACAUGAAAUCAGCUCACACUCCUGGAACAGGUGCCCCACCCACAGCAAGUAUUUUACACAGUGAAACACCUCAUGGGGGAAGUCAGAGUUUUAUGCUUGACAAUUCAAUGGGGCUCUCUCCUGCCCAAAUAGAUCCAUUCUACACACAAGGAGAAAUGUUGACAGCUGAUGAUGCACUAGAUGAAACAUGGGUAACAGUGUUUGGAUUUCAAGCAGCAGCAGCCUCUUAUUUCUUACAACAGUUUUCACAGUACGGGAAUAUUUUAAAAUAUGAGAUUGCAACAGAAGGAAAUUGGAUGCAUCUCCAUUACCAGUCUAAGUUACAAGCAAAGAAAGCUCUAAGUAAAGAUGGAAAAAUCUUUAAUAACUGUGUUAUGAUUGGCGUCAAACACUGCAUAGAUAAGGCUGUGAUGGAGAGAGAUAGAAAAGCCAGUGUCCCAGAGGAACAUACAGCGGACCUUAACACAUCAACGGCUACCAGAAACACCCCCAUCCGGCCCCUCACAGCGGCCUACAAAGCAGCCAGGAGUGACCAUGAGGUUGUGAAAAACAAUCAGACCCCCCAGAAAAAUUCCUCCUUCAUUGGAAAGACCAUGGAGUAUAUGUUUGGCUGGUGACAAACUCAGGAAAUUGUUUUAUAUUGUGCAAUGAAUUGUUUUCUAAAUAAAUACAUAUAUUUUAA